CUGGUUUGAACCGGUUCCCGGGAAAAUUGCAGUCUCGCGUUGUACUGCGCCAUUCGACAGAGUAGUCAACAUCCGUGUAUUGUUGAAUCAAUCAAAAUGUCAAACGUUACAUCCCAAACAGACAAGGAACAAGCACCAACAUUUAAGAUGGUGCUGGUAGGAGAUGGGGGUGUUGGCAAAACAACAUUUGUAAAACGUCACAUGACUGGAGAAUUCGAAAAGAAAUACAUUGCCACACUGGGAGUGGAGGUACAUCCCCUGCUCUUCUACACUAACAGAGGCCCUAUCAGGUAUAACGUGUGGGAUACGGCUGGACAGGAGAAAUUUGGGGGCUUGAGAGAUGGAUAUUACAUUCAGGGUCAGUGUGCCAUCAUCAUGUUUGAUGUAACCUCAAGAGUAACGUACAAAAGUGUUCCCAGCUGGCAUCGAGAUUUGGUAAGAGUCUGUGAAAGCAUACCCAUUGUUUUAUGUGGAAACAAAGUGGACAUCAAGGAUAGGAAAGUCAAAGCCAAAGCCAUCACCUUCCACCGAAAGAAAAAUUUGCAGUACUACGAUAUCAGUGCUAAAAGUAACUACAACUUCGAGAAGCCGUUUCUGUGGUUGGCCCGUAAGUUGAUCGGAGACCCCAACCUGGAGUUUGUUGCUAGCCCAGCCAUGUUGCCUCCUGAAGUACAUAUGGACCCAGAUCUCGCCAAGGAAUAUGAAGAAGAAUUAAAGAAAGCACAGGACGUGGCUCUUCCAGAUGAAGACGCAGAUGACGAUUUGUAAGAAGAAUAGCCUGUAAAUUUGCUCUACCAGAGACUGUACACAAUUUUUAUAAAUUAAUUUUGUACGCAACAGCAGAGCUUUGAGAAGAUUCUGGGUUCGAAGAACUUGUCAUCGGUAUUCUUGUGGUCUAGUGUGGUAUAUACUCUAAUUGUCCCCAGCAUGGCUGAUGCGAAAACUGCUGGAAACACCACUGGCUUAUAUUGCUGUAACAGACGAUCACUCACAAGAUCAUUUUCCUGUGGAACGACGUAGAUGUGACACUGUUCACUGUUGUGCUGCCUUCUCUUAAGUUUCUGUGGCUCUCUGCUGUAGUUUUUAAUGACAGUUUCAUGGACCGUGCAUCCCCAUUGACUAAGUUAUUCAGUUCUUUCACCUCAGUGGCACAACCACAUUCAGGAGAAUGCGGACUGGUUACACUUGCAAAGAAGGCCAGAGGAUAUUGACAGUCAAUUCUCAGAAGGAAUAUUUUCCCGCAGGAAUCUUUAUCACUCCAUUCCCUUGAUUUUUUUUCUCUCUCGCUUGGAAGCACAGCCUAGUGGUAUGAUCUGGAUAUUUAUAAACAGCUGGACAGUUCAGUUACUUGUGGGUGUAUCGUUUACUAUCUAUACUUGUGAUUAACAUUGCAAAUGUAACUAUUGUCAACUAUAUUAAAAUUUUUUUGGGUCAAACUGUU